AGAAAUCUUAUUCAUAUGCAAUUCACAGCUUGGCCUGGAAGUCUGUUUCCACCAUUCCAUGUAUUUUCGAACUUUGUGAAAGAAAGCAUCAAUUGUUGGAAAGAGCAGCAAAGAACGACUUCGCAGCCAAUACUCGUGCAUUGCCUCUCCGGUAAUGGAAGAAGUGGUCUGUUUUGUUUAUUAACUACAGCAAUAAUUGAAUUUUUAAAUAAACCAACGAAUAUACCAGAUUUACUAGCUAUUGCUUCUGGUAUAACUACCGCUCGAAAGAAUAUUUUGCGUGAUAGGGAACAUCUUAAGUUUGCAUUUCAGGUUUUUCUACAUUAUCUACAAGAUAUUCAGUUAACAAACUUAGGAGUGAAAAGUGCACCAGAAACUGAAAAUUUUGGAAAAGAAAAACCGUUAGAAAAGCCUACAGAUAAUACAGAUCCUUUAAGCACUUUAGACCCUUUAUGGGCAACAAAAAGAAGUAAAUAAUUGAUCCAUAAUUUAAACAUAUUCGCUUUAUAAACUGAUUAAUCUUCAAGAUUUGUUACUUUUAUUUGGGCACGAAUAAAAAUGAAAUAUUAAUA